AUGGCCUCGCUCGAAGCCGCAAUUGACGAGGAGAUGAGGGAGGUCGUUGGCAUACUCGAGGGCAAGCAAAAGCCUCGAGGCCGUCGACCUGAGAGCCCAGCCGUCCGCACAAGGAGCCCGGGUUCUCCUACCUCGCCCCUACGCAGCAUGCUUGAUGUCGACAGCCCAGAUCAGCGCCGCAGCUCUAGUCGGGGCACCACUGGCAUUCCCUUUGCCAUGCCUUCGUCGUCUUCCUCGCGUCGAGUCAACCCAGAGUCAGCGUACAGGUUCGACAUACUGCCCUCGAUCGAUGCGCAGGCGAGGCCCAAGCGCAAGUCUCAGGGCGCGAAGCUGGAUGUCGCAGCAAAGCCUCGAGCCAUGUCGUCCGUCUACGGCAACUCAUCAGGCAUCCUGGCUUCUUCCAACAGCCGAGAUAGACACAACUCCAUGAGCGGGUCUCUGGGGCGGUCCAAAUCUGGCUCCCCAGCGCCUGAUCGUUCGAUGUCGCCUGGGACACGCAUGCUGAAACCAACCUCGCCUACGCCUUCAUCGAGCAAGACAUUAGUGACGGAUUCCGGCAAGCAGAUUGACGCCGACACAGCGUAUCGAAAACUAUCCGAUGCUGCAUUGGCGAGUUCGGAGGGAGGACUGUCUUCGCUUCCCAACCCCAAAGGCGUUGACCCUGCCACGGGGACCGCUCCAGCACCCGGUGGAGGGGUUCGCCUGGCUAAAGAUGAAGAUGGUGAAGACAGCGCGGCAGUAGAGAGCAGUGAUAACGACUCGGACAGCGAAGACUGGGAAGAUGGCUGGGAUACAACCAAGAAGCGAGAGAGGGGGCGACAACGCACCCGAAAAGAGUCUGGCGGUGUUGACAGCAUGGGCAGGGACAUCAUCACUGCAAAGAGCCUGUUGGCUGCUGCAGAGGAAGAGCGAAGGGAUGUGGCAGUCUCAUACAAAGGACGACCGAGAUCGAUGCUUGAGCCUUCAAUAAACGUCACGGGACCCAAUGGCGAGAGGAUGUCGCGAAGGAACUCUUCUGGGAUUGUGCAUCCUCAUACCAGCUUCGAUCAGGGAGGCUCUGGCCUGUCGACGCCCCUCCACUCCGACCAUGAAGAUGAUCUCGCCGAGAUAAGAUCUGCCCAACAACUUUCAUUAAAUAUAUCGCCAAUACAGUCUAGUCCGGAAGCCCAUCGAUGCGUCCGACAGAUUGUUCGUGGCGACUAUACUCAAUUUGCAGAUGACGCUCAAAAGGGAUUGCGGCGCCAGCGUGUCUAUUUGGUUUCAACUGAUGUAAGCCCCGAAGCUGCGUAUGCUCUGGAAUGGACCAUUGGCACAGUUUUGCGCGACGGUGAUACCCUCCUUGCCGUCUAUGCUGUAGACGAAGAAGUGGGUGUUGUUGGCAACGACGCAUCUGGAGCACCGAUAAGCCAAGGAACCACGGGACGGCAGGAGUCUGAUCAUCUCAAGAGAACAUUAUCUAAUCACGAUGGUCUGCCAGCGGCAAGACCUGGGUAUUCAGCCUUAUCCAACUCGAUCAUGGCAACGGAAGCCAAUGUCGCAGCCAUGAGCAAGGCUGAGAGAGAUCGAUACCAAGCCUGUGUCGAGGUGUCUGAUCGGUGCGUAAAGCUACUUAGGAAGACGCGUUUGCAAGUGCGCGCCGUUGUGGAAGUUUUCCACUGCAAGAGUCCCAAGCAUAUGAUCACAGAAGUGAUUGAUUUCUUGGAGCCUACUCUUGUCAUCCUUGGAUCAAGAGGUCGUACUGCAUUGAAAGGUGUUUUGCUUGGCUCGUUCAGCAACUACCUCGUCACCAAGUCCUCCGUUCCUGUCAUGGUUGCGCGUAAACGCCUCAGGAAGCACAGCAAGUACAAGCGGCAGAACGUUCGGAUGUCCAACGUCAUUGCCGGAUCGAACGAUAGGCUUGCCAAUGCCAAGAUCGAUUGA